GUAAAUCUAGAUGUUCAGCAAUUCAAACCCGAUGACUUAAAUGUCAGAGUGAUCGACAACUUGGUGGUCGUCGAAGGAAAGCAUGGGGAACGCCAGGACGAGCACGGAUACAUUUCGCGCGAAUUCCAACGGAAAUACGUGCUUCCGGAUGACAGUGAGGCGGCGGCGCCCGGCGCGCGCGCGGUGGCCAUCGUGCACACCAACCUGCCGGCCGCGCGGGGCCGCGUGGGGGAGAGACCUGCGGGGGCGGCCGACGCGCCCUCCGAGGCGCAGGCGCAGGCGGAGGCGGAGGCGGACGCCCAACCCCCGGAGGCCCCCGACGCCCCUGCGGGCCUGCAGGUCUUUAGCGCUGCGAGCACUGAUAACGUGGCCUACCGAACACCAGCGCUUAAUGGGUUGCCUAACCAUCAGGGGCUAAAGGCUCAUCUGGAACUUGAUUAUAAGGAAUUUCCUACUAUACGUUCGUUGAGGAAAAGUGUUCGUCUUCGAUGCUCUAGAUCAGGUCUGCUCAACUCGGUAGCUCUUCAAGCCCCGGCGAGUGGUUCAUGA